UCGACCUCCAGGCUGUCUGUCAGGGCUCUCUGUGUGUGUGUGUGUCUGUGGAUGUGUGUGUGUGAGUGUGUGUGUGUGCUGUAGAGAGGUGGCGGGGAGGGAAAGUGUGUGAGGAGAUUUAAAGAACGAGUAGAGAGGAAAAAAAGACACUGCAGAGGAGGAGAGCGGUGGUUUCUGGCUUUGUUUUGUUGUUCCUGAUGGAGAGAAAGUUUAGGGAAGUAAAGACAUGGUGAUGAUGAUGGUGAUGAUGAUGAUGAUGAUGAGGAUGGCGGGCUUCCCUCAGCCUCCCCGGGCUCAGGUGAGCCCCGGGCUCCAGACUAAGUGCUAGCCAUGUUGCGGCAGUCCGAGCCGACCUCCAGCACCCUGCAGCUGGUUGCCAACGAUAUGACCGGAAUCAUGGAGAAACUAGACACCCGCGAGCUCCACCUGGAAGAUGGAGAGUACGACACAACCGACGCCAACGUCCCAGCGGAGCGUUUGUCUUUCACGGCGAUCUACAACACGGUGGGUUUCAAGGAGCCUACGGCCAAAGUCUUCCUGUCCUCUCCGAUCACCGCCAAGAUCCUGGAGGUGGAGCGGUUCACCUCGGCUCAGGACCGCUUCAAUGUUACUUCGCAGAGGAGCGUCAAUAAGUCGAUGCCGGCGGUGUUUAAGAUCGAGUUGAAGCACGGGGAGUUUACCUGGCUGGUGAAGAGGAAGGAGAAACACUUCAUGGAUCUCCACAGAGAGCUGAGGACCUACAAGACCUUCAUGAGGCUGCCGCUGCCGACACGCAGUCACACGGUGAAGAGGCAGACGGCGACGAGGAGCGAGGCGAGGCAGAUACCGAACCUCCCCAGAUCAGGAGGAGAAGAGCUGGGCAGAGAGGAGCAAGUUUCCAGUCGAAGGAAACAACUGGAAGAUUACUUGAAUAACCUGCUAAAGAUGCCGAUGUACAGGAACUACCACGCAACGAUGGAGUUCAUUGAUGUUAGCCAGCUGUCCUUCAUCCACGAUCUGGGACCAAAAGGCUUAGAAGGAAUGGUGCUGAAGCGCUCCGGUGGCCAUCGGAUCCCCGGGUUGAACUGCUGUGGUCGCAGCAAAAUGUGCUACCACUGGUCCAAACGCUGGCUGGUGGUGAAGGACUCGUUCCUGCUCUACAUGAAGCCGGACUCGGGGGCCAUCUCUUUUGUGAUGCUGGUUGACAAAGAGUUCGGCAUCAAGAUGGACUCCAAAGACACAGAGACCAAACAUGGCGUCCGAAUCGACAGUCUGUCCAGGUCAUUGGUGCUGAAGUGCAGCAGCUACCGACACGCCCGCUGGUGGGGUCAGGCCAUCGAGGGCUUCGUCCAGAAGAACGGCUCGGCCUUCCUCACGGACCACCGCUUCGGAUGCUUCGCCAGACAGGAAGUGAACAUCCCUGCCAAAUGUCUAGACGAGACUAGGUCCAGUUGGCAGAGAGUCGAUGCUGCAACCUCAAGUGCGGCUGUCCCGGCAAACAGCAGCCGCGGCGUUUCCCAGAGCAACGGGAGGGGAAUCUUAACCGUGACGGACUCGGUGGACCAGCCCAAGCUGAAAGGUCAGGGAAGGAUGAAGAGGACCAGGUUCAGCAUCAAGAGACACCUGCAGAAACACGGGCUCGCUCAUGCUGACAGCGACAGCGACCUGGAGAAAGAAGAGAGAAGCGGCUCAGUGCGGAGUCUACAUACGGGGGUUGGAGAGUUGUUCGGAAACACGCGGUUUUGGCACGGAAAAGACUACUGCAACUUUGUACGCAAGGACUGGAUUCAACUGGACAAACCAUUCGACGAUUUCAUAGACAGGCACACAACUCCCAGAAUGCCUUGGCACGACAUCGCCUCAGUGGUUCAUGGGAAAGCGGCUCGAGAUGUGGCGAGACACUUCAUCCAGCGGUGGAACUUCACCAAGCUUGUGAAGCCAAAGUACCGUUCUCUGGCGUACCCGUGUCUGCUACCCAAGUCUCACACCACUGCUGGAGAGCAGCGAUACCAAGUCCCCAACUGCAUCCCCGCCAAAGUGCAGGUUGAUCUUCGCUCAGCCUCUGACGGUCCGCUGGAUCAACAAUACCGAGAGGAGUCCAUCCACAACGCCUACGUCCACGUCAUCGAGAACAGCCAACACUUCAUCUACAUAGAGAAUCAGUUCUUCAUCAGCUGUGCAGACAAUAGACACGUUUUCAACAAGAUAGGAGACGCUAUUGCCGAGCGCAUCAUCAGAGCACACAGGACCAUGAUCAGAGGAGACCACUCCAUCAUCUCCCAGCUCAGAAAAGAGAUGGGAGAACACUGGAUGAACUACAUCUCCAUCGCUGGUUUGAGGACUCACGCUGAGCUUGAGGGGAAGCUGGUCACCGAGCUCAUCUACGUCCACAGCAAGAUGCUCAUCGCUGACGACAACACCGUCAUAAUCGGUUCUGCCAACAUCAACGACAGGAGCAUGCUGGGAAAGCGGGACAGUGAGGUGGCGGUGAUCGUGGAGGACUCGGAGAUGGUGGCGGCGGUGAUGGACGGGCAGCCGUACCAAGCUGGAAAAUAUGCCCUGCAGCUCCGCCUCGAGUGCUUCAAGACCAUUUUGGGCGCUCACACAGAUCUCUCCAUCGAUGUGUCGGAUCCCAUCAGCGACCAGUUCUAUAAGGAGGUCUGGAUGGCCACCUGCGCUCGCAACGCCACUAUUUACCAGAAGGUAUUCCGCUGUCUGCCGUCCAGCGAUGUCCGUAACAUCCUGGAGCUUGAGGGCUUCCUGGCCAAGCAGGGCCUGGACAAAGAGGACCUGGCCCGGGCUCACGAGGAGCUGAAAAAGAUCCGCGGCUUCCUGGUUCAGUUUCCGCUCCAGUUCCUUUGCGAGCAGAACCUGCUUCCCCCCAUCGGCUCAAAGGAGGCCAUGGUGCCCAUGGAGGUCUGGACCUGAGGCAGAGGGACUCACCUGUGCAUUCAAGCGUUUAACGCACUGCAUAUGGACGGCUUACAGGUCCAUUAAACCCACUCUGACGCCAUUUUGGAGGAAAACAGCUGCGCAGCCUUUUUAAAAUCACAGCUUGACAAAAAAAAUCUGCUGCUGUUGUUUUUAUUUACUCCCUUAAGACAAAAAUGACUAACAGCAGUAUCUGACAACAUCUGACUUGUGCCUUGUAGUCACAUGUUAGCAUGAAGUUUAGUGUUUUUUUUUUGCCCCGAAUAGAGCCUUCCAGGCAAUAUGAUUUUGGCCUAAAAAAGCAGAAUAAUAAUUAUAACUCGGGUGUUUGUGCACUAAAACCUUGAUUUUGAUGCAGUCUGUUCUCAAACACAAACAUUAUAAUCUGAACUAAAAAAGAACAAAUACUUUGAGAGUUUGAAAGAAAGUUUGAAAGGCAGGAGAGAUAAAAGUCUGUAUUUGUACACGUGGUUAUAAUAUGCAAAUGUGUGACCUACUUAGAGCCUUACUUUUAUUUCUGUUAUAAUGGAUGGGAACUGCUGAAGCACUGGACUGAACAAAGGUUCAGUGAGCAAAGCAAAUAUGAGCAGUAACAAGAUCAGACAGACUGUAAACAAACCACCAGGUUAGUCAAAUGUAUUUGGAGGAGAAAACAAAGGUGAAACAUCCAUCACAGACUAUUGUGGUUCAACUGUACUCACUGUAGUUGUGCAAUGAGGGGGUAUUACUGACAUUUCAGUGUUUGACCUCCAAAAAAGUGCUUUAAAUAAUGUACUUUUCAACCUAUGUGAUCGUCCUCUCUGACCUAUUUUUACCAAUGUGGCCACGUACCAAGAUUUUAGCCCAAUGUGAGCAAUAGCUAAUAACCUAAGUUGUAAAAAAAAAGUUUUCCUUUUCUAUAAUGCCUUUUAAGAUUGGACCCAGGGCUUAAAAUGCUCACGUUAUUUAGGAUAAGUAACUAGAGCUGAACACAAGCUGGUUUACUGUUUUAUUUACUACCUGAAUUUGCAGCAUUAGCAACCAAAAUGAAACCCAAAAUGGCGUCAGCUGUGGUUGUGAGACAGCCUGUGUACCAGCAGUGCCACUGAAUGCACAUGAGUACGAUUACAACUGCUUCUUAUACAAACAACACACACAAACACGUAGACUCUAACAACUGAUACGUACACGCAGAACGUUGUUGUUUUGAACAGAUGCAACACACAAACACUCACAGACAAACAAACAUGGAGAGAAGUCGACCAGCAGACGGAGCGUUGAACUCUACAGUGCCUGACAACCUGGGCCUCAUGUUUACAAGAAGAAGAUGAAGAAUGGAAGUGACCCGAGGCCUGACACGCCUCGUCCUGCUCCCUCACCACCAAACUCUAUAAUCUCUCUCUUUUUAAACAGCUUGCUCCUUCGCUCUCUAACAACACUAUGCAACGUCCAAGGCCGGCAAACGCAGCUCUGACUCUUCUGUGUUGAGCAUGGACAGACUGAAAAGACACUAAAAAGACUUGUGCAGUGAAGGGGAUGAAGAGCCGGGUCGGAGCUGUCGGACGUCUACAGCCAUUUUAUAAAACGUGUGUGUCUCAUAUCUCUGAACUUAUUUAUGUCAAACAGGAAAUCACAAGUGCCAAAGAGUGUAGCCUGAUGUUGAUGCAGUACAUACAUUCAUUUACAUUCCUCAUACUGUGGAUUCUACAUUAAGCCUUAAGUGACCUGGUCUUUGUAGUUACUUUGGUAGCGCUUUAGAAUAAUUUCCUUGAUGUUUUCUGGAAAGAACUUGUGGCUAAUUACAGCGUAGGUAAAAAAAAUAAAUGUACAUUUUCACAUUUGAAAGAAUUUAUUCUUUCCAGGAAGCUGCUAGGAAGCAAUGAAGCUCUAUCGUUCUUUUUUUGAACUACAUCAAACCCACAGAUUCACGCAUGAUAAGUUUAUUAUAAUGCUGCGUUUCAUUCAAUGUCAGAUGGUGGAAACUCUUAAGCAACAGCCAACUUUACACAAACAGGCAAUGGUGGUGUGAUCGGUAAAGUUUAAGGAACUGAAGGUGCAACUUCUAUUCCACCUUUAGCUCCCGGAUUUUUCUGUACUUUUAAAGCUCCAUUAACUGAUGUUUUUUUAGCCAAUUGAGGGCAGAGGAAAUAACUGAAAACACAAUUUUAAUAGCCUCAGGGCUUAAUUUGGAUUUAUAUAUGAUAAGUUCUGACAUAAAAGUCACAUGAAUUCUGAAAGGACUGUUCACACUGAGGGCAAAACCUCGUAUAAAAGUGGUUGUGUUGUUGUUGUGGCGAACUAGUUAGCAAACAGUUGCUUAUUUACAAAUCCAGUAGAUACGGAGCAAUAUUAGCAUUAAUUUAGAGUCCUGUUUGUCUCAACCAAAUGAGUAUAAGUCAGAUAUUCACUGUUUUAUCUUGGUCUCUGCUGAGGGAAAUAUCUGGCUGUUUAACUGCUAAAUGCUCCACUAUGUUCACCAGCUAGUGUAUAACUGUGCAGUUUGCUGAGCAGGUAAUGUAAAGUGCUGAGACUGAACCAAAACAGUAAAUUAUGCCGUAAAACCAACACUAGAAGCUACAGAACUCCAAAUGUGUAAAUGAGCAACCCUUUGCUUUACAUGUUCUCCUUAUACACUUAAAAGAUGAAAAUAUGCUAAUUUCUGCUGCCAUCAAGUGGCCAAAAGAUGAUCAGUGCAGCUUUAAGGUUUAGUAAUAAAGAUCUAAUUCAAGUUUAACAAGAAUUUAAAACUUUAGGAACUUUAAGAAUUCUUUAUUUUGGAAACCUUGUGGUUCUUGAAAUUCACACCCAGUUGUCUCUGGAUUUCAGAUAUUUCUGGAACGCAGUAUCAAUAUUCCUCAGUGUCUUCCUCGUUGGUCUGUAAGUGAUCUGCAUGAUGCUGUUUUGUGCUAUAAAAAAAAAAAAACGAGACGAAACUGUUGACAGCAUGACAGCAGCUCGUUGCCAUUAAACAUUACAGGUAAAAGCAUGAACUCUGUAAGCUGAAUGGUUGCCUUUAAAGCCAUGGACAUUAUCGAUGCUAAACAGUGUGCCCGUCUACAAGCCGUGUGUCUGCUAGGCACACCUGAAACUUCUCUACUGUUGUUAUUUAUGGAAAGUGGGACCGUAAAUAUGCUCUUCUUUUUAAUCUUCCUCUCUACCUCCCUGUGUUUCUACCUCUGCUCCAGUGCAUGUUUUUAAUCUUUUGUGAUGAAUUCAUAUUUUAAUUGCAGCUGUACCCCUUAAAUUUAGCAAACUAAAGUCAAUUUCACUGUUCUGUGCAAUACCAGCCUGUUUUUAUGACUAAAAUAGAAAGUGAAAAGACAACAAAACACUGAAUUCCCCCUAUAGAUAUAAGACAAGUUCGUCAGCAAAGAAGUAAAUUGUAAUGGAAAUGUUUUGAAAAUAUUGUCUUUGCAUUGGUUCAAACCAAAAAAGUGGCUAUAUUUAUGGUUUUAAAUGGUUUUGUAGUUAUUGUUUCUUGUGGGAACACUAGAAACGAGGCUUCACAUGAUUUCAUUUCAGAUGUAAAUGGAGCUUGAAACCUUCAACGGUUGCCUCAGUUUCCUCAAAGCUGGUGUGCAGAGGUUGAGAAACACUGACCUUUCCUUUUCUAUGUCUGGCUUUAAUCACUGUGUCUAUGAAAAUGCACUAUUUGCACAGACUGUUGUUUUCUUGUGGCGACCCCUUAAGUGAUCUGCAGUACCACGUCAUAUGUCGCUUUUUGUGAAAUGAUGGAAAAAAUAAGUUAUGUAUUAAGGCAUUAAAAGAGAUCCGGUCUUCACGAGG